CGAAAUUAUAUUAUUUCAAUGCGCCCAUAGCAGUAUUUUAUUUUCUUUAAUUGUAUAUAUUUAGAGCUUUCCAUCACUUUCUAUAGAUUCUUGCCUUAUUUGGAAAGAUAUCCACAGCAGCAGACUUGGUGCAUGCCAACUGUAAAGCAAUUACAAGCAGAACUCGCUGCAGCUAAAGCUGAAAUCACCCGACUCAAAUAACAAAACGCCUCCCUCCUUGAGCGAUUAGCUCACGCAUCCAAUGUUGAUGCUCCUAAGGAACCCGCUUCCACUUUGGUCUCCUCUCUGCCAGUAUCCUCUCCACUGACAUCUCCUUCGCCGGCAUCCGAAUUCCCAUUGUAAUCCAAGCCUCCUCAGAAACGUUCUUCGUCUCCCGAUUUAGGCUCUCUCCUCUUCAGAAAGCUGCCAAUCUUAAAGAUUCCACGCUCCUUCCUAUUCAAAUGGCUGCUGCUCGCACCUUCAGCGUUCGUUCCGCCAAUCAUGGCUACAAGUUCCUAUAUCUGCCUCUACGCCGCCGCCUUCCUAUAGGUCAACUACGCUCUCGUCUGCGACAACUGAGCAUCAACACCCGCCGUGUCCUCAGCAUCCAUUAUCCCGAUCGCCAUCUUGUUGCCCUCUUAAUUUAUAAUGAUUAUGAAGCUGAAUUCUGUUCAUAAUUAAAAGAAUUUGAGAUUCCUAUACGGGAUGAUUACGAUCCUACAGAUCCCUUGGAUCUUCGUAA